AAUGCGUUGCUACAGGGGGGCAAACGUUGGUUCAGUAAGUUCAGGACCCCCCUUUUUCCCCGAAAGACGUUAACAGACUGCGUGGGGAAACGUUCGCGAGCAACUGUGAAGGCCGGGACUGUGCCACAACGAGGGGUGAUUGAGCAGGCAAAAACGCGACGUGGCAUCAUUGACUCGAGCAUGGAUGUCAAGCGUAAGACGGUGGGUGGGGGGCCGCUGACAUCCUCCCAGGGCGCCAUGGGGGGCAAGCGUGCCCGCUCAGAUUGGGACGAUGACUGCCCCACGAACUUCGAGGAGGAGCUCGCCUUCAUGGACGACCUGGAGGCGGAGAUGGCGCUGGAGGAACGCGAGGAAGAGACGGCGUCGGCCGCGGCCGCUGUGCCCGUCGGAAAGCUGCUGUCAUCGUCUGUUUUUAACAACAAGUGGCUGCGUCCAUCGUUACCCAAAAUUGAUCAGAAAAAAGAGUCGCUUGUGUUCCAGCAAAUCGAGCUCGAUCACUACAUCGGCUUCCAUGUGUCGGGGAUGCCAGGAGCCACCCAGGGCUCCGUGCCAGUGGUUCGCAUGUUUGGCAUCACCAACAAGGGCAACAGCUUGUGCUGCCACGUUCACGGCUUUGCGCCCUACUUCUAUGUAGCUGCCCAGACCGGGUUUAAGUCGGAGCACUUGGUCAGCUUUAAGAGAGAGCUUAACAACGCGGUGAUUAAGGACAUGCGGUCUAACAAGGACAACUUGAGCCAUGCGGUGCUGGCUGUUGACAUUUGCGUCAAGGAGAGUAUAUAUGGCUUCCACGGGAAUCAGAAGAGCAACUUCCUGAAGGUGACGGUGGCUCUGCCUCGUCUCGUUGCGGCCGCCAAGCGGCUGCUCACGCAGGGCUUUCGCUUCGACUCGUUCCCCGAGCACUGCUACCUGUCCUUUGAGGCCAACAUUGACUUCGAGAUUAGGUUUAUGGUGGACCAUAAAGUAGUGGGGUGUAACUGGAUCGAGAUUCCAGCUGGGAAGUACCGACUGCGCGAGGAGUCGGCCUCUGGGGAUCUGCCUGGCAAGAUGUCCCUUGUUCAGCUGGAGGUGGACGUAGCGGUGACGGAUUUUGUGAGCCACCCGACCGACGGGGAGUGGCAGGCGAUCGCGCCGCUGCGUGUGCUCAGCUUCGACAUCGAGUGCGCGGGGAGGAAAGGUAUCUUCCCGGAGCCGGAGAAGGACCCGGUGAUUCAGAUCUCCAACAUGGUCUUACGUCAGGGGGAGCGCGAUCCCUUUGUGCGGAACGUGUUCACGCUCAACACGUGUGCCCCCAUCGUGGGGUGCGAUGUGCACAGUUUCACUCACGAGGGCGAACUGCUGAAGGCAUGGGCCGAGUUCGUCCGCAUCGUUGACCCGGACAUCAUCACCGGCUACAACAUCCAGAACUUUGAUUUGCCCUACCUGCUCAACAGGGCCAGCACGCUGCGGGUGUCAACGUUCUCUUUCCUGGGCCGAAUUACUUCGAUGCGCUCCAUCAUCAAGGAGUCGUCCUUCCAGUCGAAGCAGAUGGGGCGAAGGGACAACAAGGUCAUCAACUUGGAGGGCCGUGUAACCUUUGACCUCCUACAGGUGCUGCUGCGAGACUACAAGCUGCGCUCGUACACUCUCAACGCGGUCAGCUUCCACUUCCUGCAGGAGCAGAAGGAGGACGUGCAGCACUCCAUCAUCACCGAUUUGCAGAAUGGCAACGAGCAGACGCGCCGCCGGCUGGCCGUGUACUGCCUGAAGGAUGCGUUUCUGCCGCUGCGGCUUCUGGAGAAACUCAUGUGCGUCAUCAACUACAUGGAGAUGGCGCGCGUGACGGGCGUACCGCUCAGCUACCUGCUGACCCGAGGGCAGCAGAUCAAGGUCGUGUCGCAGCUGCUCAGACAGGCAAUGAAGCAGGACCUGUUGUUACCCGUCGUGAAACCGGAGGGGAACGAAGAUUAUGCAGGAGCCACGGUCAUUGAACCGAUCAAAGGAUACUACACGGUGCCCAUCGCCACGCUGGACUUCUCGUCGCUGUACCCAUCCAUCAUGAUGGCUCACAACCUGUGCUACACCACGCUGCUGCAGAAAGGCGUUGUCGAGAGUCUGGGGCUGUCGGCCGAGGACUUCAUAAAGACCCCGUCUGGAGACCAAUUUGUGAAGAGCUCUGUGCGCAAGGGGCUCCUGCCAGAAAUCCUGGAGAAUCUUCUGUCUGCCCGAAAGAAGGCCAAGCAGGAGCUGAAGAACGAGACGGAUCCAUUCAAGCAGAAGGUUCUGGACGGCCGACAGCUGGCACUGAAAAUCAGUGCCAACUCGGUGUACGGCUUCACCGGUGCCCAAGUGGGCAAGCUGCCCUGUCUGGAGAUCUCACAGAGCGUCACAGGUUUCGGUCGUCAGAUGAUCGAGACGACCAAGAACUUGGUGGAAUCGCGCUACACGACCGAAAAUGGACAAAAGGCCGACGCCAAGGUGAUAUACGGCGACACGGACUCGGUGAUGGUGAAGUUCAGCGUGAAGACGGUGGCCGAGGGCAUGGAGAUGGGCCGUGAGGCAGCUGCCUGGGUCUCCAGCCACUUCAUUCCACCCAUCAAGCUGGAGUUCGAGAAGGUGUACUACCCGUACCUGCUGAUCAACAAGAAGCGCUACGCAGGCCUCUACUUCUCCUCCAGCUCGGAGACGCACGACAAGAUGGACUGCAAGGGCAUCGAGACGGUGCGCAGAGACAACUCCCCGCUCGUCGCAAACCUCAUCAACACCUGCUUGCAGAAGAUCCUCAUCGACAGGGACCCGGACGGUGCGGUGGAUCACGCCAAGGACACCAUCUCGGACCUGCUGUGCAACCGCAUCGACAUCUCGCAGCUCGUGAUCACCAAGGAGCUGACGCGCACGGCGGACGAGUACGCGGGGAAGCAGGCGCACGUGGAGCUCGCAGAGAGAAUGAGGAAACGCGAUCCCGGCAGUGCCCCCAACCUGGGAGACCGCGUUCCUUAUGUUAUUGUCAAGGCGACUAAAGGGGUCGCGGCGUACAUGAAGUCAGAGGACCCGAUCUACGUGCUGGAGAACAACAUCCCCAUCGACACGCAGUACUACCUGGAGCAGCAGCUCGCCAAGCCCCUGCUGCGAAUAUUCGAGCCCAUCCUCGGGGAGAACAAGGCGGAGAGCAUCCUGCUGAAGGGCGAGCACACGCGCUGCAAGACGGUGCUCACGUCCAAGGUGGGAGGCCUCAUGGCGUUCGCCAAGAAACGCUCCACCUGCAUCGGCUGCAAGGCUGUGCUGAAGAACGACGGGGCUGUGUGCGACUACUGCAAGAAACAGGAAUCGGAACUCUACCAGAAGGAGGUUUUACACUUGAAUGCCAUGGAGGAGAAGUUUUCUCGGUUGUGGACGCAGUGCCAGCGGUGUCAGGGCAGCCUCCAUGAGGAUGUUCUAUGUACAAGCCGAGACUGCCCUAUCUUCUACAUGCGCAAGAAAGUUCAGAAGGACCUGGACGACCAGCACAAAGUGGUGACCAGGUUUGGGGAAUGCACGUGGUGAGACUUCACGAAGUCUUCAAAACCCCUCGGCGCGUCGUUCUCCAGAAAACCGCUGCCGGGACAAUUGUUGCUUUUCUUCAAUAACGAAUGAUAUCGGGACUUGUGAAGAGGCAAGUGAAUGUUACCCGUUUGAGGACAGAGACAGAGACAGAGCCACGCCUGUUGUGUGUUGUACGCACGACCCGUUCGGCAUUAUAGGUUAUUCAAUUCAUCAAAAUACACCGAAUACGUUUUUUUCCCCUACAUUUCCACGGUCUCUUCUGAGAUGUCUGUGGCCAGCAUGAGUAGGAUGUGGGCAAACACUACUCCCUCGAGUUGGGCUUCUCGCUAAGAUCUCUCUCUCUCUCUGGAGCUCUCCUUAGUUGCAGUCUCUUCUGCCACCAGUGGCAUAAGGACGCAAAUGCUGUAGGGCUCACCUUUACCCUCUCGGGUCUUUUUUACUACCUUAUAUCAUGGGCCAUGAAACGGACAAGACACUAUUGUGUCACCACACUGAAUGGGCACCUUACCAGUAGAAAGCUACCAUUGAAAGCUCAUAGUGUUUUAGAUGACAUAUUGCCCUCAACUGGAGGCUGUACUAUACUUGUGUGUGUGUGUGGGUUUGUAUUUUUUACACUUUAGAGCAGCGUUUUUUGUAAAAUUUAAAAGUGCCAGUGUGAACUUAAAGCAAAGUGUUCCCCUCCUGUGUGUGUGUGCAUUUGUGAUGCUUAAGGAACACGCGUGAGCAUUUGCAUGUGCUCUUUUUACACCGGUUCUUUUGCGCAUUUGAGGUUUUUGUUGAAUAAAGAUGCCAUUUGUA